ACCGGGGCGGGGGGGUUGGCUGCGGGGAGCGGCCCGGGCGCCGUCUCGGCUGCGGUGACAGGGACGCCACGUACCUGCUGGCGGGUCGGAGCGCCACCUGAGGCGGCGGCGGCUGCGGAGGAGGAUCUGGCCGGGGGGCUGCCGGCUCGGCGCGCUUCGGCGUCUCGCAAAUCACUUCAUGGAUUCCUUUGGGACCCCUAAAUCAGAAGAUGACCAGUCAGUAGUCAGCAGAAUGCAAAAGAAAUACUGGAAAACCAAACAGGUCCUAAUCAAAGCAACAGGAAAAAAAGAGGAUGAGCACGUAGUAGCAUCUGAUGCAGAGCUGGAUGCCAAACUAGAGGUUUUUCACUCCAUUCAAGACACAUGUACUGAACUUCUGAAGAUUAUUGAGAAAUAUCAGCAAAGACUCAAUGCUAUAUCUGAAGAAGAACAUGAGCUUGGGCUCUUUUUAAAGUUUCAAGCAGAACAGGAUAUAACUCAAGCUGGCAAAAUGAUGGAUGCCACUGGCAAGAUGCUCUGUUCUUCAGCCAACCAAAGAUUAGCCUUAUGUACUCCUCUGUCUCGUCUUGAGCAAGAAGUAGCAACUUUUAGUCAGAGGGCAGUAUCUGAUACCUUGAUGACAAUCAAUCGAAUGGAGCAGGCCCGCACAGAAUACAGAGGGGCUUUGCUGUGGAUGAAAGAUGUAUCACAAGAACUAGACCCAGACACAUCCAAACAAAUGGAAAAGUUCAGAAAAGUGCAGAUCCAAGUGCGAAAUACCAAAGCGUCUUUUGACAAGUUAAAGAUGGAUGUUUGUCAGAAAGUGGACUUACUUGGAGCUAGUCGCUGCAAUUUGUUAUCCCACUCACUCACUACCUACCAGAGAACAUUGCUUGGAUUCUGGGAGAAAACAGCUCGAAUGAUGUCCAGAAUCCACGAAGAAUUUACAGGCUUCCGUCCAUAUGAUUUUGUGGCACUAAAGCGACUCAAGGAGUCUCCAAGCAAGCUUACUGAAGAACACAAAAAGGACAAAGUAGAAAAUAAUAUUCUUACUACUAAUCUUGAAAAGCUGAUUUUGUUGGAUGAGGAAACAAGUGAAAGAGGAAGUGAAACAGCAACAGAAGGUCACAAAGAAAACCAUUUUCAAAUGAGUGAGUUUGAAGCUCCUCAGUUUUCUGGACCUGAAAAUGUUGCAAAAGAUCUUCUUGUAGAUUCACUGGAAGGAGAGGAUUUUGAGAAGGAAUUCUCAUUUUUGAACAACUUACUGAGUCCCAGCUGCUCAAGUCCUGGAGAAUUUAACCAAGAAUGCCACAAUGUCUGUGGGAGCCCCAGCACUGUUCUCCCUGCCCAGAACUCUGCUUCAGGAGCAGAGUCUCUAUCUAAGUCAUCGGGAUUCCUCCCUUCGCAACUCUUUGACCUGGGCCGCCAUGCUGCUGGAAAUUUCAGUAGCUGGACCUCUCAGGGGGAAUCAGUGUUUUCUCUUUCACACACAGAUUCUGAUAACCAGCCUGUGCCUUUACAGAGUCAACCAAAGAAAUCACCAAUAUCCCCAGAAGGUGGAAAUAAUCAAGAUAUGUCAGCCUGGUUUAACCUCUUUGCAGACCUGGAUCCCCUUUCAAAUCCAGAUGCCAUCGGACACUCAGAUGAUGAACUCCUUAAUGCUUGACUAGAAUUACUAAGUAGACAAUUAAGUAGAUAAUUAUAAUGUCACGUCAAUGGCCUUGAGGUAUCAAAUUUUGUAACAUAUUGCCUUUGUGGGAAGGAGCUGAUUGUAAUUCAGACAUAAGCAUGGUGUAAUAAGAGUCAAAAUAUUUGAUGUCCAGCUACAUAGUAAAGAGUCAUGCCAAAAGCACUAAGUUGGAACAUCUUUAAUACCUUGGUUUUGUAAUGUUUGCCAGUAAUAUGUGGCAAGUACAAUAAGCCAUUUUGGGUCACAGAUAGAUAUUUAAGCACUAAAAUUCCCAAAGAGAAGGUAAAGUCAUUCUCAAUGAGGGUAUAUGUUUGUUUCCAUGGAAACAACCUUUUUAGGGCCAUGUGGUGGUUUUGAUCCUUUCAUGAGCCCAGCCAUUGUCUGGUGGAGUUCUGUGGGUGGAUUAAGAGCACUAGAGCAUUCAAAUUGGUUUGGUGGCUUUAAAAAAAGUAGUUUUGAGGAACAGGGGCAUUGAGUUCUAUGUUAAAGUAUUACUGGAACCAUAUGAACUUUGCUAGUUUAAAACUAGAGUAAAGACCCAAUUAACUCAGUCUGAAAGGAUUCAGUAGAAAAGUAGUGCCUAUUUUCCCCUCAGAGUCGUUUUCCUGUUGCAUAAGUUUUCAUUUUUUGAAAAGCAGGGGAAUCUUUAUUCUACUCAACUAAAAAUGUGGUUAAAGUAGGUUAGCCUAUCCCAGCUAAAUAUCUGGAAAACUUCCCAUCUCGCAGACUUAUGAUAUAGCCAUGCCAUGAUGGUACAGGGCCUGUUACAUGCAGUGUUUAAAUUCCAGAAGGAAAAAGAAAAAAUGCUUAUAAAAAUAAUACCUAAGCAAUCAAUGAGAGUGUCUUCUAAGUGCAUACUGAAUUUGAGUUAAGCCUUAUUCAUAAAUAGCAGGCUCCUUUCAGAUUUUUGCAUGUACUUUCCCCAUAUCUUUUCUGGUGGCUUACUUCAAGCCCCAAUAGCAGAAAUACAAAACACAGUUAUAAUUAGGGGAAUGGCUUAAUUUUGCUCGUGGGCAUGAUUUUAGGUCUACAGUUCUUGUAACAAUUUGUUGCAACUGACUUUCAAGUUCUGAGGCAAAAUCUUUUGACUCCUACUAAGGCACAGUAGUAUUAUUUUAGUAGUGGGAGAGAGUUGAUGAGCAGUGUUAAGUGUACAAAAAUAUGGCUUCUCUCUUGUAUAUCAUGAUCUACUUGUGUUCCUUUUUUUCUUGUGGCAUUCUUUGGUCCCAGGUUUGUUUGUUUUUUUUUAAACCUGCAACUUUCUGGCUCCAUUUUUGAUUCCCAAUCCAGUAUUCUCCCCUAACAUUACCAUAUGUUCACUAUUGCUUCCAGAAUGUGUGCCUAGAUCAUAAUAUUACUUAAUUAAGAGUCAAAGAAAGAGCCUACAGCUGCACGACAUUUUUGGAAAUUGAAGCCUUCACAUAAGUGAAGGCUUCACAAUAAGCCAAAGCAUAUUCCUACUUAAAGGGCUAAAGGUGCCAAGGAAAGCCCUCUAGGGGAAAAGAAAAGAUAGCUAUUUCCAGAGAAUAUGGUAAAUUCAUUAAGGUGUUGGACAGGAUUAUUUGGGGAUUAAAAAUACAGGUGGAAAUAAAACAACUAUUGGCGUAAGUUUUCAUUAAAAAAAUACUUCCAAGAGCACAUUCAUGUGGAUCUUCAUUCAGUUGUCCCUAUUUCUCCAAAAGAAAAGUAUGCACUUUUCCAUUUAUGGCUUUGUACUCAAUUACUAUCCCAAUGGAGCAAGCAAGGAUGUCAGGAAACCACUUAAUUUUUUGGUGCUCUCAAACUCCAUUGAACUGUAGGUGCUCAAAAUAAUGACUGCUUUGACAGAUUUUGAGGAGUGUUAUCCUUAAGAAGAGUAUAAAACAUCAGAUACAGUUGCAUUUUUUUUCAUACGUCCUUAGACAUUUUCUUCCUCCCCAUACUCCCAUGAAAAGUGUCCACGUGAGGAUUGGCUGCUUCACUAGUAAUCUAAGCAAGUCCAUUAAGAAGGCAUGAAAAGCCAUGUAGGGCACAAAGGACUUGGUUUAAAAGCACUGCCUGAAAACCCUCCUGUAAUUAGAGAAUCUUUUACUCCAGAAGUCCAAGACAAAUAGUCUGAAAGCUAACUAGCACUUAAGAUUUGACAACUAAAUAUGCUACAAAUAAUCUAAUAAAAUAAACCAAUGCAUCCAAGUGAGGUGAAGCAGACUAAAAAGAAACAGCUUAGUAAGCCACGGGAUCAUUUUCUCCCUCUCACUUCAGAUCCACUCACUAAGAGGCAGUGAGCUCUACCAUUACGUUUUCUGAGUACGGGAAGAGUAUUCUUAGGGAAAAAAAAUAACUCCUUACCAUUUUUAUACUGAUUGGGUAAACAAGUCUCUCUUCCUCCGUGUUUUUAUACCAGAGAAGAACGGAUUUAUACUAAUAAAUAAGUCUAAUGAACGGCUUCAGAACUGAACUUUGCCUGUUAUCUAUAGAGAACACAUCCAAAUCCACCAAGGUGGGUAAGGUAUAUAUUAGGGUCAAGUUUAAUGUAACUUUGUACUUUUUGAAAUCUUUAAUUAUAGAAUUUUAUAGUUGUGAAAUAAUACUGGGAACUGAAAUUUUAGUGGCACAUGCAGAAUAAGUGUUUGCAUAAUAAGUCACAUUUUGUCCCAGUAGUCCUCCACUAUUACAGAGCAAGUCCUUAGAGGGGGCUACAUGUACUUUUCUGUGUUUGCCUUCACUAGACUCAGAUGAUACUUCAGAAGUGACAUCAUCCCACUGUAUCUAGAGAUUUAUAGGAUAAAUUAAAAUCCUGAUGGUUUGUUUCUGUAAGUUAUCAGGAUUUUAACUAAGAAGCUUCACGAGGAGCUAAAUUCACUGAAUUCAUGUAGUUAUCCAAUGACACUGAAAAUAAAAA